AUGGAGUCCUUCACGUCUUUCUCGGAGCAAAGAGAAAAUGCCACGGAGGCCCCCCCCGCGGUGCCUGUCAACACUAGCGUGCCUCCGAGCCCGACGUAUGCGGAGUCAGAGGGACCCGUAUCGACCACAAUAUCAGCACCGGCUGUUCCCGCGACUAGUUCUGUCGAGGAGGGCGGCAAUGCCGAUUUAGUAUCAGACAACGAUCCCGCCUCGCCGGGCUUCCCCCAACUCUCCAAUACGGCCUUGGAGCCACCAUCAUCAACUGCCGGCGACAGCAAGAUGGACGACGAAGACGAGGAGAUCGACUUGUCCAAGUCGUUCCAUCGUACUGCGAGUCCUUCGCCCGCGGCUCUACACCGAAAUAAGGAUGCUCUCGUCGGAAAGCCUGGCGACGAAGGCGUCAUCAAGAUGCACAAAUUCACCCUCUAUGAGACUUUGAAUAACUACUACAUCGUUGGCACUGACCUGCUUGACCUUCACUAUCGAAUACUGAAGAUCGACCGAACAUGUGAACCGGGCGAGUUGAACAUCACGGAAGAUGGCGUCGUCUACACCAGAACAGAAGUGGCCCAAAUAUUGAACGCUAUCGAUGAAGGUAACAAGGCGACAGGAGGACUGAAGGCGAAAGCAAGUUUCUGGGGCUUGCUUGGUUUCAUUCGUUUCACGAGCUAUUACUACAUGAUAUAUGUCACCAAACGAAGUCAGGUUGCUCUGGUCGGCGGUCACUAUAUUUACACCAUCGAGAAGACCGAGAUGCUGCCUCUCACGACCAGCGCGCUUGCCAAGUUCAAGAGCGAGAGGCACAUUGACGAGAGUCGAUACGUUAACAUUCUCAACAAUCUUGAUCUGACCAAGUCUUUUUACUUCAGCUACUCUUACGAUUGUACGCGCACCCUGCAGCAUAACAUCAUGCGGGAGAGGGAAGCACUUCAGGAGGGUCUCCCAGAACCAGCAAAGAGAGAUCACAACGACAUGUUUGUAUGGAAUCACCAUUUACUGGGACCUGCCAAAGAGUCGCUGAAAAACCCCUUCGAUUGGUGCCUCUCCAUUAUCCACGGUUAUGUCGACCAAGCUGCGCUAUCAGUCUUCUGGGGCAGAGUCGUAUACGUGACUCUCAUCGCUCGCCGAUCCCGCCAUUUCGCCGGCGCAAGAUAUCUGAAGCGUGGCGCCAACGAUCUGGGCUAUGUCGCGAACGAUGUCGAAACCGAGCAGAUCGUUUCGGAGAUGAAGACAACGUCUUUCCACUCACCAGGACCUGAUCUCUUCGCAAACCCCAACUGGACAUCCUUCGUGCAGCAUAGAGGCAGCAUACCACUGCACUGGUUACAGGAUUCCUCAGGCGUGUCUCCAAAACCAGACAUCCAGCUUAGCGUUGUCGAUCCGUACUACGUCUCUACUGGGCGGCAUUUCAACGACAUGUUCCGAAGAUAUGGCACGCCCAUAUAUGUCGUCAAUCUAAUCAAGCAGAAAGAGAGGGUCCCCAGAGAGACCAAACUAUUGAAAGAAUACAAGGAUGCCGUUGAUUACCUCAACAUCAACCUACCUAAAGAGCACAAGAUCCUCUAUCGAGCUUGGGAUAUGAGCAGAGCACAGAAGAGCCGAGGCGAGGAUGUUAUCGGCAUGCUCGAAUCAAUUGCAGACGAUAUUCUGCCGACAACUGGUUUCUUCCAAAAUGGUAACAGUCUGGAAGCAGGGCUUCGGUUGCAGAAUGGUGUUGCGAGAACGAACUGUAUCGACUGCCUGGAUCGAACCAAUGCUGCCCAAUUCAUGAUUGCCAAGAAAGCACUAGGCCAUCAGCUGGUGGCACUAGGUGUGAUAGAGAGCCCGGAGAUCGACUUUGAUUCGGAUGUGAUCAACCUGUUCACCCAUAUGUGGCAUGACCAUGGCGAUACCGUGGCAGUACAGUAUGGCGGUUCGCACCUCGUCAACACCAUGGCAACUUAUCGCAAGAUUAAUCAGUGGCAUUCCCAAUCACGCGACAUGGUAGAGACUUUCAAGCGAUACUACAACAAUUCAUUUAUGGACUCCCAGCGCCAGGAAGCAUACAAUCUCUUCUUGGGCAAUUACGUUCUGCAAGAUGGACAGCCUAUGCUUUGGGAGCUUACGACCGACUACUACCUCCAUCACUCCGAUCCUCGCUCCAUGUUCAGCAGGACUCGACCAUCCUAUCGCCAGUGGUAUACACCAGAGUAUCUCAAUGGACCCAGCAUACCGCCGACUAUCUGGCCGCAAGAAUUUCGCGAUCGACCGCUCCACUUCUUCGACGAUUUCUGGGUCGAGUACUACAGACCACUCGCCAUCUCAACCUUCAAGAAACUCCUGUCCUUCAAGAUGCAUUCCAACAUGCGAUAUAUCCCAUUUCCAGAAGCCAAGGAAGGCAAAUACGACUAUUCACCUUUCACGGUCCGCAAAGAUACCGACCGCCACGGCUCAGCCAAGUCCAACUCCCGCAAUAAGGGAGUACGGAUCAUCGCGCCCUCGGACGAGAGCUCCACCAUCGCAGACACCAACUCUCUCACCUCCAUCGACGCCCGCCUUGCAACCCCACUGGAGCCACCGAGCAAGCCACCCAAACCAUCCACCCUGGGCCCCUGGCUCGAUGCCCAACAGCAGCUCUACGGACCCAACCGCAAAUACACGGGCAUCAUCAAAGAGACCUCGUUCGAGGUCGCCCCGCCCACACCCCGCGUGCCCAAGCUCCCAUCCACCACCAAUCCCUCCAGCGGCGCGGCCACGGAAGCCCAGACACCGCGCGAACUCACCAAGGCCGAGCUGGCCAUUUCGGCCUUCACCUCCCUCAUCGUCGCCUCGCUCGAGCCCGCCGUAUCUAAAAGCGAAGAAUACGAGUACCACCGAUACAUCACGCACCCGUCCACCAUCCCCCUCAUCACCGACACGGCCGUCGACUACGACAAAGCCCCCGCCGAAUUCCUGGAGUACGUGUCGCGCAACCCCGCACUCUUCGGCGCGGUGCGCGACUGGGAGGUCACGGAGCAGGAUCUGCCAGACGGUGUCGGUGACGCCGGCGCCGGCUUCGGGAACGUCUGGGGCGGCGGCGCCGGUGCCGACGGGGCGCGCGCCAACCUGAGCGACUUGACCAUGGAGGAGCGCGCCGAGGUCAACGCCGAGGUCUAUCGCGACUUUGGCGAGAGUUCGAUUCGAGACGAGCCCCUGACGGUCACGGCGGAGGAUUUGGGCAAGAAGCGCUAUAAGGCGUAUCGGCAGUGGUUGAAGGGGAAGAGUCUGUUUAAGCAGAGGUUGGUGGUGGGUGGGGAGGUGGUUUGA